AUGGCUACCGAACUGAAUCCAUCUGGGUCAAAUCCUCUGUUCGGUGUCUUUUUCUACGGUGCAAGAACCGCAGUUAAUGUUGUUGCUCCAAUGGUUACUACUGCUGCAGCAGUCAAGACAAAAUUGGAUCAGCAACAAUAUACAGUGACACAGUCAAAUCCAUCUACAUUGACGUUGGCUUUGGAUACUGUGGAUUCGCAUUGUCAGAGCUAUUGUCGGUCGGGCGUAUCACGAGUAAUUGUUAUUAUCUCUAGUACACCAGAUUCUUUAGCUGAAGCCAGAAUUCGACAAUUAGAAAGAAAUCGUGGGAUGACAUUCAUCGUUGUUGGUGUCGGCGUCACUGGUAGCACGGCCGCUUUGAAUCGGCUCGCUUCACAUCCUACACGAUAUUAUGCUGUUCCAGUUAUGAGUUUCUUUGAACUGAUUCUUGCAGCUUCACAUAUCUCUUCUGUGAUAUCUGAUGUACCACGUCUAGUCGAUAUCAAUAGUCCAUUAUCGAUUCCCAGUCUGGUUGUUAAUACUUAUUACACGGUGCAGCUUAAUACGUAUUCAUUCACAACUACAAAUGACACAAUCAUCAUGGUCGCAUCUAAUUGUCCAGGCUGUUCUGUAUAUGGUUCGCUGUCUGAACCAAAUCCCAUUAGUGCUAACACAAAUCAAAAUUCAAACCGUCAAAAUUUCUUUGCUGCUAGUGGAUACCCGAACAGCUUGUAUUAUUUUCGUAUACCAAAAAACACUAGUCGAUUCUAUUUAAGCGUACUAGGAAAUGGCAUGUCUUCCGCCUAUAUCUUAUUAAAUAUUUUCUCUAUGCCCGAUAUGAUGACAAUUUCAACUAGAAAUUUUGAACCAACAGAUCUUGUGAGCAUCAUUGGAUAA